AUCAACAUGAAGUUGCUUAUUGUUUUAGCUCUCGCAUUGGCUGCAGCCUCUGCAACUCCGGUUUACGAAAAGACCGCUUUCAUCGAGGACUUACCAGAGUCUCCAGUUUUGGGUGGACGCAUCACCAAUGGUGAUUAUGCUUGGGAUGGCUUGGUACCCUAUCAAGCUGGUUUACUUAUAUCGAAGAAUUCAGGCAAUUACUGGUGUGGUGGUUCCUUGAUUGGCUCAAAUUGGAUUCUGACUGCCGCUCACUGCACAGAUGAGGCUCACACCAUCACCGUCUACUUGGGUAGCGUUGUACGUUCCAAUGGCAACCAAUAUGCAACCACCAUCCACUCCCAGGAUAUCCACCAGCACCCCAAUUACAACUCUAAUACUCUGGAUAACGACGUCACUCUCGUGUGGAUCCACUCUGUUUCCUUCUCUGGCAACAUUCAAGCCAUCAGACUGCCAUCUUUCAACCAAUACAGCAACUAUGAGGGUCAAUGGGCUACCGCAUCUGGCUGGGGUGGCACUUCGGGCAACAACCAAGACCAUUUGCAAUACGUCAGUGUUCAGGUGAUCUCCAACAGCGAAUGCGCUAGCGUCUAUGGCAGCAGCACUGUCACUGACAACACCAUCUGCGUUUCCACAAACGGCGGACGUUCGACUUGCGGUGGUGACUCUGGUGGCCCAUUGGCUGUGGACAACAACCAAGUGUUGAUUGGUGUGACUUCAUUCGUUGCUGCCGCCGGUUGCACCGCUGGUCUGCCAUCUGGUUUCCAACGUGUCAGCCGCCAUUUGGACUGGAUCCGUGGUGUCACCGGUAUUUAUGCAAUACCGGUGACACCACGGAUCCAGUCCAAAUGGCGGCUGACACGUUGGAAACCAGAUGGCAGACCAGCGGUGCAACCGGCGGCAGCAACGAAUGAAGUCACACCAAUCAACACUUGGUUGUUGUCCACAGCCAAUGGGCCACCAGAGUCACCACCGCAAGUCGAACGUCCGCCUUUGGGUAACAUGGCCGAUCAAUUGCAAGAGAUGUCCAGAACCGUAGAUACAAACGACGAGUGUAAGAAGAACGAUAAUACCGCAGAGAGUGAUAUAGAAUCAGAUUUGAACAGUUCCGGCGAAACCAACUUAUUUGGUGAUGAUGAUGCAGAUAGCAGCAGCAGCACUAGCAUAGCCGGUGGCAGUCUUUCACAGCGUCGCAAUUUGCCGCGUCGUGCUUGCAAAGAAAAUAGCUUAAAACUAAAACGACGUUCGAUUGUGAAACCAAAACGCCACAGCUCCUCAAUGACAUGUGAUUUUUCUAUGCUCCGUCCAGCUGAUAUACGUAAAAUUUACUGCAAUAAAAAACUGAAAAGUUUCCGACCCACUUGCUUGGAGACAAUUUUUGAAGAUCCACAGCCUGAACCGCGCCGCGGCAAUGAUGCUGUUGCAGCCUGCAAUAGUGCAUUACGUUUAAUUGGUUUACGUAAAAUACGACGUUCGUUAUCCUGUUCAGAUGGUUUGAAUACCAAUAAAGCUUUAAUAAAACAGAGACGUGCUAAAAUAAAAAAAGCCUUUGGACGACGAAGUGCUUGCAAAAAGAUAUCAUUACAUGAUUUCAUCGAUCGUUUGAAUAAAAGUUUCGGCGACGAAGCCGACGUAGAAGAUGCGGAUCUGGAGACUGACGACAAUAAUCCACAGGAUGUAUCAAUGGAGGCAGAAAUGUGCGCUGUAGCGGCAGAUUCUUCACUGUCUGCAGAAGCGACACCAACAAAGACUGAUUUCGCAAUGCAAUUGGGAACGGAUUUAGUUGAUGCAAAUCAGUAUAGCAAUCCAAAGGUUGAUAGGGAGGCGUUAUAUCUUGUGUCAAAUAAUUGUGGAACUCUGUCAUAUUCUUCAGAUACCGCAGAUACUAGUUUGAUGGAGCGCUACACCGCCACCAGUUGGCGGCAAGUGAAACCAAUGUAUUUGCUGUCCAUGUACGAACCGACCGAUGAUUAUUCUGGUGAGCCGAUGGUUUUCAGUUUAGAAGCGGACGCUGACGCAGAAGACGAUAUGCGGUUGCAUCGCACGCCCGCGAUGGAUCGUAUUUUUGGCGGCAGCGUCGCACAACGUCAUAGCUUUCCAUAUCAAGUCGGUUUGUUGUUGCAGCGGCCCAAGGGGCUGUACUGGUGUGGUGGAGCAUUGAUUUCGGAUGAAUAUGUCUUGACUGCGGCACAUUGUGUGGAUAUGGCCAAGCGUGCUUUAGUGUUUCUCGGUGCUCAUGAGAUUAAAAACGCCAACGAAAUGGGCCAAGUACGCAUUAUGGUUAAGCGUAACAGUUUCAUCAUAUAUCCAUCGUGGAAUCCGCGUCGUCUCAAAGAUGACAUCGCUUUGGUGCGCUUGCCAGUGCCUAUCGAAUUUAACGAUCGCAUACAGCCGAUUCCAUUGCCGCGUCGCAGUUAUGAGUACCAAGACUUUGAAAAUAAAUUAGCCAUCGCUUCCGGCUGGGGACGCUAUGCGAUGGGCGCGCAUGCUAUUAGCAACGUGCUACGUUAUGUGAGGCUGCGCAUAAUCGACGGUUGGACCUGCAAACGCAGUUUCCCGCUCUCAUAUCACAGCACGAAUAUCUGUACGAGCGGCAAGUAUGCGCGUUCCACUUGCAACGGCGAUUCUGGCGGUCCACUGGUUGUACGUCGCAAACACACGAAAAAACGUAUACUCGUCGGUCUCACAUCAUUCGGCAGUAUUCAUGGCUGCAAUCUCGGCUAUCCGGCGGCAUUUACGAAAGUCGCUUCAUACCUGGACUGGAUUAAUGAUGAAACCGGCAUUGAAUUGUGGCACGAAUCAUCGAACGCGAUUGUUUUCAAAAAGAUGUUAAAAGAUUACGAGCGAAAGCAACGCAGAUACAAAUACCUAAAGGAGGAUUUAACGAUGGAAGACGAAGAAGACUGGAAUGACAGCACUGAACAGAUACCCGAGUUUACACCAACACGCCUGAAUCGCCCAUCCAGGGUUGGCCGCACGUCGUAUACUUUAAGGCCGCCAAGGCAAAGGCUACUUGAAGUAAUUUACAAUUCACCACCGGAUGGUUCGAUAAGACCGGCAUUGAUUUAUAGAACCGAUAACGAACAUAAUGAUUUCAUACAUUUGCUUGUGUUCAUAAUGAAUCGUCAAUGA